AUGGCCUCCGUCUCCAAGCUCGCCUGCAUCUACUCGGCCCUCAUCCUGCAUGACGAUGAGGUGAUGGUCACAGAGGAUAAGAUCAAUGCCCUCAUUAAAGCAGCUGGUAUAAAUGCUGAACCUUUCUGGGCAGGCUUGUUUGCAAAGGAUCUGGCCAAUGUCAACAUCGGGAGCCUCAUCUGUAAUGUCGGGACUGGUGGACCUGCCCCAGCAGCUGGUGCUGCACCAGCAAGAGGUCCUGCCCUCUUCACCACUGCUGCCCCAGCUAAAAACGAUAAGGAGACAUCCACAGGUGAAAGGUGA